AUGCGGCGAAAAAACGCCAUCAUGGAGCUGGCCGCGGCCGCUCUCGGAAACGAAAUCUUACCUACUUCCCGGUCACACUCAGACGAGCCUAUCGAAUUGACAGACAUGUCCCAUGCCGCACGAUCCGCCAACGCUGAUAUGAAGGCCAUCUGGAAAGCCGUCGAAGCACCUCACACAACAUUCAGCCUCGACAACUCAAAAUUCUACCUGCCCGAGGGACCCCUGGCCAACGAUUCCUUCUGGCUCGUCAUCGCAAAGGGCGAGAAGGCAACCGUGGACCGCCACGGGCCCCACCUGGUUGAUUGCGAAGAGCCAAAGGUUAAGAUCAACAACGAGCAGAGACCGUUCAUCUUCACGUGCGGCUCUCUAAUCGUUGACUUCCACUUCGGCCCGUCGUGGUACCUCUUCGCGCAGGGCGAGCUCGCCGAGGAGUGCGUCAUCCGCAGACUGCACGGCAUCGCCCGAACCGCCGCGGAUAGCCUCGCGAAGAGCAUGGGUGGUUUGUUAUGGCAUCGGAUCCAGAGGUGCGGCGGGGUUUACUGUUUGGUCCCGAUGGAUGUCGCGCGGAGUCUGGGCCGUACGGCAGAAAUACUUCUGGAAUUCACGGAGCUUGCGGGAAGACUCGUCGAGACGAUGAGGCGGCGACGUGUAGACGAUGGUGUUCCCGCGGCGUUCAGGAAGGUCCUGCAACUCCUCGGCAUCGUGGAGUGGUACCGAGUCCACCGCGCGUUCAACGCCGUACAAGUCCUCCAGAAGGCGUACGAGGGCCUCCGGAGCCCCACGGCGCAGAAGCGCAUGGCCUCCACCGGGUGCAUCGAACACGCCAUGCUCGGCAUGCUCGGCUGGCGUCUCGCCCCGGAGUCCAUCGGCGAGCAGCAGGGCGCGCUGUCGGAGGGCCUCCACUCGCUAUACGUCCUCAGCAACACGGACUGGACGGGAUUCGACGCGGCGGAGGUGGAGGGGAGGGUGAGGCAGAAGACGACGCCGGUGUGUGUGGUGAAGGACAACUGGUUCUGCGCGUGGGCUUUCGGGACGGUGUGCAGAUUCCUCACGCACCAGACCUUGGAGUGCGUCUGCUCGGCCGAGGAGCUCGCGAGUUGUCCCGGGCCGAGUCGGUUUGAGGGGCAUCUCAGGUUCGCACACCUGGAGAUGUUCAAGACUCUGCCGUGGGUCGAGUCGUUCACGGGGACGGAGCACACGAGGCUGAGGUUCCAUCCGGAGGCGAAGCUGCUCCCGGGCUUCUAUGAGGGACAUCCUGAGGGGCCUCGGGACAGGGAGGUUGCGAAGGCCUCGGGCAAGCGAUGUGCCAGGUGA